GGUGUUCAAAGAAUAUUGUAGUUGGAUCUAAUUAACACUGCUCUCAAUUAGUCUCACAGAUGUGUUCGUUGAAGAGCUAUAGUGCUUGCUUAAGGGAGGCAACCUUACAGCUUCCGCAUUUUGCAGGCACCAGUAACCGUAAGAGGAGGAAUGUAAGACGGUGUUCUCCAAAAGCAGCCAUUCACCAGGAUAUCCAUCUUCCGAUGCACAGUCUUGAGCUCAAAAACAGGAGUUCGGUAGAGGAGAUAAGGUCAAUUAGAUUAAUGGCUGCCAUUAAGACUCCAUAUCUACCUGAUGGCAGAAUUGACCUUGAAGCUUACGAUGCCAUGUUGCAUAUGCAAAUUUUAGGUGGUGCUGAUGGUGUGCUAGUGGGUGGCUCAACGGGUGAAGGGGAACUGUUGAGUUGGGAUGAACACAUCACGCUCAUUGGGCACACAGUUGAUUGUUGUGGCGGAUUGAUUAAGGUGGUUGGACACACCGGAAGCAACUCAACAAGUAAAGCAAUCAAUGACACUGAACAUGGUUUUGCUGUUGGAAUGGAUGCUGCCCUUCAGGUCAAUCCUUUUUAUUGCAAGACAUCCUUGGAAGCUUUGGUUGCUCAUUUUGAGGCCGUUCUUCCCAUGGGACCUACCAUUAUCUACAAUGUUCCAGUUAGAACUGGUCAAGAUAUUCCUCCUUCUGUUAUCCACACCAUUGCCUUGAAUGCUAACAUGGCUGGUGUCAAGGAGACUGUGGGCAACAAUAGAGUGAAAGAAUACACUGAUGAGGGAAUCGUGGUAUGGACUGGGAAUGACAUUGAGUGUCAUGACGCAAGGUGGGAGUUUGGGGCUGUUGGAGUGGCUUCUAUUUCUUCCAACUUGGUUCCUCGAUUGAUGUGGGAGCUAAUGUUUGAGGGCAAGAACCCUUCUCUGAAUUCAAAGCUUACACCUUUGUUUAAGUGGUUGUUACAUGAGCCUAACCCCAUUGGCGUGAACACAGCUCUAGCCCAGCUUGGUGUGAUCAAGCCCGUGUUUCGGUUGCCUUAUUUACCUCUUCCUAGAGAAAGGAGGGUGGAAUUUGUGAGUAUAGUGAACCAACUUGGACGUGAGAAUUUUGUGGGAGAUAGAGAUGUACAAGUUCUCGAAGAUGAUGAUUUUAUCGUGGUCUCUCGGUAUUAA